AUGUCCUCCCUUGCCGUGCCCAACAAGGUCGUGCGCCCAGUCAACGACGAUGGGUCGCCUCUAUACCCUGACUACAUGCCUUUCUACGAUCCCCUCGAGAAGGUCGAGGACAAGGGGCCCUUCGAGCACGUUGACCCUGGGCACCGCGCCGAUCCGGAAAAGCCCAACUUGCUCAAGGAUGCCACGAAGAUUUUCGACAUGUCUCCGUGGGUCGGGACUGAGCUCCACGGCGUGCAGAUCUCCAAGCUGUCGUCAGAGGGACUCGACGAGCUCGCGCUGAUGGCCGCCGAGCGCGGCUGCCUUGUUUUCCGCGACCAGGACUUUGCAGACAUUGGCUUCGAGGCGCAGAAGAAGAUCGUCAGCCACUUCGGCCCCCUGCACAUCCACGGCUGGGCGCCGCACCCCGUCAACGGUCCAGUCGAACACAUGAUCAUUUACGACCACAAAGACGACCUCCGCGUACGCAAGUCGUGGGCCGGGAAGUCGCCGAUCCAGUUCCACAGCGACCAGUCCCCCGAGCCGCAGACGCCCGGCACAUCUUUCAUCUGCAUGCUCGAGUCGCCGAGCGGAGCCGGCGGCGACACCAUCAUCUCGUCGUCCGUGCGCGCGUUCGAGCGCCUGUCGCCGUUGUUCCGAAAGCGCCUGGAAGGCCUGUGGGCUGUGCACUCGAACUGGGAAGGCGCGAUGACUGAGGUCAACAACAACGGGCAGAACGCCGUCCAGCGCCGCCCCGUGCUUCAGAACACCCACCCGGUCGUCAUCCAGCACCCGGUCACCAAGCAGAAGGCGCUCUACGUCAACCCCGUGUAUACCAAGCGCAUCGUUGGUUUCCAGCAGGAGGAAUCGGAAUAUUUAUUGAAGUUCCUUUUCGACCAUAUUGUGCGGGGGCAGGAUUUCCAGUGCCGUGUCCGCUACGAGCCUGGAACGGUCCUCGUCUGGGAUCAGCGCAUUACGACCCACUCGCAGACCCUCGACUACCCCGUCGGCGAGCGCAGGCACGCCUUCCGUCUCACUCCUAUCGCGAACAAGCCCAUACCCUCCAAGGUGGACGAGGACGACGAGCGCUGCGUCAAGGAAUGGCAGGGCAUGUGA